ACUCCAAUAUGGCUGCGCCCUGUUAAACAGUUUGUUAUGAAGCAUCGUUCUUGUUUUUUUGUUGUUAUUUAGUUAUUUUGAUUAGACAUUUAUUUUUCGAUUUCUAAUUCAACGGCGGAUAUUUUGAUUAUGAACAUGUUUGAUAUACUCGUUUAAAGCUUAUAAUCAAAUAUUAACUCGUUAUGUUUUUACUUAAUACUUAAUCAUUACUUAAUAAUAGUAUAAAAAAUAGGAUUUACAGUCUCGCUGAUGACAAAAUAUGUUGGGGUUUCUGUCAGCUAGACAUAUUGGAUUAGAUGACCCUCUUCGUCUCAAACGAGUUGAAAUUACGAGAAGGGUGCUCAGCUUGGAGUUAAACAAAGACCGGGAUGUGGAACAGAUUCAUGGGAAUGGUGUGAACACUCUUGAUAUCGAAGCUAUUGAAGGAAGAUACAUGUUAUCAGGUGGGGCAGAUGGAGUCAUUGUCAUUUAUGACCUUGAGAAUUGCAGCAGGAAGCCGCAGUAUACAUGCAAAUCAGUAUGUACAGUGGGCAGAUCCAAUCGCCAUGUACACCAGUUCAGUGUGGAGACAGUGCAGUGGUAUCCACAUGACACUGGCAUGUUCACCUCAAGCUCCUUUGAUAAGACUCUGAAAGUAUGGGACACAGAGACUUUACUUCCGGCUGAGGUUUUCCAUUUUGAAGGGAAUGUAUAUUGUCAUCACAUGUCUCCCAUUGCAAGGAAACAUAGUUUGAUAGCAGUUGGUACCAAAGACCCCAAAGUACAGCUCUGUGACUUAAAGUCUGGUUCCCGUAUACAUAUUCUACAGGGUCACAGGGGCGAAGUGCUGUCGGUGAAGUGGUCCCCUCGAUACGAACACAUUCUGGCAACAGCAAGCACUGACAGCAGAGUGCGACUGUGGGAUGUGAGGAAAGCUUCAGGAAGUUUGUUCACGCUAGACCAGCAUAAUGAUGAGAAGUCCAAAGCAUCUUCAGAGGCAGCUAACACGGCACAUAACGGUCGUGUCAAUGGGCUGUGCUUUACCGGUGAUGGGCUCUACCUCCUGACCACUGGCACAGACGACCGCAUGAGACUCUGGAACAGCUCUACUGGGGAGAACACACUGGUUAACUACGGCAAAGUCUCCAAUGAAAGCCGUAAAGGCCUGAAGUUUACUGUCUCCAGCGGUUGCAGUCCAGAGUUUGUAUUUGUACCCUGUGGUGGUACUAUUGCAAUGUAUGCCCUUUAUACAGGUGAACUGAUAACCAUGCUCAGGGGGCACUAUAACAAUGUGGACUGCUGUGAAUUCCAUCCUGAUUUCCAGGAUCUAUACAGUGGGGGCAAGGACUGCAACAUCCUUGCCUGGGUUCCAACCCCUCGCAAUCCUGCUAUAGAAAAUGAGGAUGAAGGGUCCAAAAAAACUGGAGGACAGUCAAGCUUCAAUCCUGCUUUUCAAGAUGCUUGGAGCAGCAGUGAUGAGGAGGGAUGAACCUCUGCUAUCACUGAAUGAUGGACUUUUUAUUGAACUGUAAACUCAUGAAAAGGAGGACAAGACUGCAAUAUCUAAAGAUAAUGCACUAUAUGAAAAGAUUUGUAUCUAAUCUUAAAAAACAAACAAAAAAAAUCAUGCCUAGGUAUGUGUUACCUUGUAGUAACAAGGGUCAGGAUACAGAGAAUGGUAAUUCUACUCCAGGGCUAAUUAACUAUAAUAAAAUAACUACUUUGGGACCUGGAUGGUUUAAUUGAUUUGAUUUUUUUAGAACAUAGUUGGAAGGUGUAUAUGAAUGGCCAAACACAAAUGCAUUGUGGGCCACCAGAGGAACCUCUGUAUUGAGCAUUAUAAUGAUACAAUAAAUAGGUAACUCCUUUUUUUAAAGACUUUUCCAACAGAAUAUUCAGAGGAUGUACAAACAAUGAUAAUCAUGUGCCAUAUGUAACACACACGUUUGUGCAAAUGGACUGAGAGGCAGUUUAAUUUCUUAAGCAAAUGGAAUCUGCGAUGUGUAUCUGGACUAAAUAAAACCAGUUUUAGUCGCAAUGUGCAACACAGCUGGUCUGUAACUUUGAAGGCUAUUUUGUGUCGGUUCCUUGAUUUAGAUACAAGAAAUCCAAAAUGGUAAUGUCAUUCAUGAAGAUUUGGAGUGACAAUGUCCUGUCUUGAUAAUACCACUUUGUACCAUGGCAUUUUAUAACUUGAAACUGUUAAUUGAUUUACCAUGCUCAAUAACCCCAUAGAAAACAGAGGAGACAGAUUUGUUUUCUGUAUCCAUUUGUAACUUUUUUUUCUCAUUCAUAUUUAGGAUUAUUUCUGAAUAAAAUUACUUUAUAAAAAAAAUAAAA